AUGGAUUCGAAGCAAUUUAAAGAGGCGGCGACGUCGGCCAUCGAUGAGAUCAUUCAAUACUAUGAUAAUAUUCAUGAGCGAAGAGUAGUUUCAAAUGUUGAACCUGGGUACCUCAAGAAAAUUCUUCCAGAUGGUCCACCACAAGAGGGUGAAUCAUGGGCAGAGAUCCAGAAAGACAUUGAAACUAAAAUCAUGCCUGGCCUGACACAUUGGCAAUCACCUAAUUUCAUGGCUUUCUUCCCUGCAUCAUCCACAUAUCCUGGAAUGCUCGGAGAGUUAUACUCAGCAGCUUUUACUGCUCCUGCUUUCAACUGGAUCUGUUCCCCUGCUGUGACGGAAUUGGAGACUGUUGUAAUGGACUGGCUGGCCAAGCUUCUCAAUCUCCCAGACUGUUAUCUAUCCACAACUCACGGUGGUGGUGUUAUCCAAGGAUCAGCCUCGGAAGCUAUUGUUACCGUUAUGGUCGCUGCUCGCGAUAAAUACCUUCGCGAAACCACUGCAGGUUUAUCGGGUGUUGAACUCGAGGAUGCGAUCGCAUACAAGAGGAGUAAGCUAGUUGCACUAGGAAGCACACAGGCACACAGCUCCACGCAGAAAGCGGCGCAAAUAGCUGGUGUUAGAUUUCGGUCAAUCCCAGUACUCGCAUCCAACGAUUUCGCCAUGACGGGUGAUGAUCUAGAGAAAGUGUUGAAAGAAUGCAAAUCUCAAGGAUUGGAACCCUUCUAUCUAACUUCGACUUUGGGUACAACAUCUACAUGCGCAGUUGACGACUUCGCAUCUAUCGCGUCAGUACUUUCAAAAUACGCACCUCCGGAUGUUGCAGGCGAGAUCUGGGUUCACGUUGAUGCUGCUUAUGCAGGCGCGGCUUUGGUUUGCCCUGAAUACCAUCAUUUAACGUCGUCCUUCCAACAUUUCCAUUCGUUCGAUAUGAACAUGCACAAAUGGCUUCUGACAAAUUUCGACGCAUCAUGUCUCUACGUCAAGAAACGCAAAGAUUUGAUCGACGCACUCUCCAUAACACCAAGUUAUCUCCGCAACGAAUUUUCAGAGAGCGGACUCGUAACUGACUAUCGGGACUGGCAAAUUCCCCUUGGAAGACGCUUCCGAAGCUUGAAGAUUUGGUUUGUCCUAAGAACCUACGGAGUCAAGGGCUUGCAAGAACAUAUUCGAAGACACGUGAAGCUCGGGGAAUUACUCGUCAGUCUGCUCAAGACACGAGAAGAUCUAUUCAACAUCGUUACAGGACCCAAUUUCGCCCUCACGGUCCUGAAUGUUGUUCCUAAAUCCACGGACGCGGGUGCGGAGGCACAGAAUAGUCUCACGAAAGAAGUAUACGAGUUGAUUAAUAAGAGAGGCGAGAUCUAUCUCACAGCCGGCGUGGUGGGAGGUGCAUAUGUAAUUCGAGUCGUGAGUGCGAAUCCCAAGGCGGAGGAAAGUUUUAUCCGCAAAGCUUUUGAGAUUUUGGUUGAUACGACUGAGGAGGUGCGGGAUGGGAAAGCGAGCAAACGAGGAACUCUCAAUGGGCUUGUUAUAAAUGGGAAGGCGGAGGAUGUGGGUGAAGUGGCGGUUGUUAAUGGGAAUGGAUUGCCAAAUUAG